UUUUUAAAAAAAUAAUGAUUAUAACAACUUUUCCCUUAAAGAUAAAAGGUUGUGUGGCUGUUCCAUGUAAAUGUGCAUACUCACAUUUGGCCUACCAAGAGUUUUGGAAUUCUCUAUCCAAAGGCCUAAUUGACAUUUGAAUGCCUAAAAUGCACAACAUCCCAAAAUGAAAGUCCCUUCUCAGAUUUAGCCCUGUUCCACUCUUGCUUACCUUAGUGAAUGGUACCAUCAUUUCAUCUAGUUUCUCAAAAUAAAAACCUUGGUCUUUCCAUAUCAUCAAAUCCUGUUUAAUUUUCUAAAUAAGCUCAGUUUGUUUUCUUCAUUUCCACCAUUAUCACUUUUGAGUUGGUAUUGUUUCGAACCUGGAUUGUUGCAAAAACCUGUAACUGGUCCACCUGCAUCUGCUCUGACCGAGCAGCAGUCCAUUCUCAAUGCAGCCGGAAUGAAUUGAGCUGUUAUAAAUGCACAGGUGUGAUCACAUCCCCCAUUGAAUUUAGGAUGAAGACAAAGUUCCUUAAUGUGGCCAUACCUACCUUUGGGACUCAUUUUGUAUCAGUCAUGCUCCCCUCACUAUAAUGCCUAACCUAUUACUCUUCCUUUUGCCUAGGAAGCUUUUCCCUCUCUAGUAAAAUCUUUUAAGUUUUAUUCAGGUCUCUGCUUAAGCAUCAUUUCCUCAGGGAAGUUUUGCCAGAGCUUCCUCAUUUUUGUACUUUCCUUCACCAUCUGUGUAUAUACAUGUCAUUUUUCAUUUGUACAUUACCUGAUAUACGUCUGUCUUUCCCACGAGAUUGUAAGCUUCACGAAGGUGAAUAUGUUCAUGUUCACCAGGUAGAGUGCCUGACAUGGAACAAGCAGUCAAUAUUUAUUUGAUUGUAGAAAUCUUGCAAAAUCCACUUCUAAUAUUUUACCUUAUUAUUAGGUUUUUUCAGUGCCAUCUAAUAUUUUUAAGGUUUUUAGGAACCCAGAGUGAGACUAGAUCUUAAGCCAGGCCUACUUCUCAAAGUUAUAUGAUUAUCAGUCUUUUUUUUAACACAUCCAGUGAUAGGAAAUUUGUUACUUAUUCGAAGUCUGUUUGGUCUUUGAGACAUUUAGCUGGUUAAAAAGUUUACAACUGAAAUUUCUCCCCAUAACUUUUAACUACUGGCUUCUGUUCUCUAGGACCGCCAAAAAACAAGGUUUUUUUUCUAUUUUCUUAUAAAGUCCUCCAAGUUGUCUCAAUUUUAUUUUAAGUAUUUCUAGGACCUUCAGCCUUUUUGGAAAGGUAAUGGGGUUUUGCUGGAAAGAUAGAAGGGGGCCUAUAUUAGUUUCAGGGCUCUGGGUUUAAACCCCACCUAAUAGCUUUGCAAACGAGCAUGUUACUUACCCUUUUCUGAGUCUGAAUUGCCUUCAUUUUAAGGCAGGGGUAAUAAUGCCUAUAUCAUUGAAGAUUUAAGGAAAACUCAUGUGAAGCACUUGACACAUGGUAGCUAACUCAUUCAAUGGUGACUUCCACAUACCAAACUACCCUGACCCUAUUGCAGGGCCCAUAGAUAAUUACGUGCAGCCUGGAGCCCAGCAAAAGUUGUGGGACUGGUCUGAUAAGUACAAACUAUAGUGGGUCCAAUGUUUCUGUACCCUAGAUACCUCAUAGUCACAGUGAUUAAUGUAUCUCAAGUUUGAAUUAAGUUUAUUUGUAGCCACAACUUUAGAUUGGCUCAUUAAACUUAGAAUUGGUUAAAACCUCCAAGUCUUUUUCAUUGAUAUAAUUAUUAAAUCUAUAUAUUGUGUGGUUGUUUAGAUCCAAGUGCAGUUACAUUAUGUUGUGUGUUAGAAAUGAGAAAUGUUACAUUAUCGAGCCAUAGGGCCUAGCGCACAGGAAGAGCUAAAUUAGCUGAAUUUAAUGUCGCUGCAUGGUUUAAAAGAGUCUUUAAACUUACCUAUUUUAGUGCUAUUCAGAGAAUAUUUCUUAAGUACUGUGGUGAAUAUAAAAAGGAAAAGAGUUACCAUUGAAGUACCAGCUAUAUCAAUGUUGGGCAGUUGGAUGGCAUACUAAAUACACCUGUUACCAGGUAAUCAGGUAUUCCUUGAGGUAAUCAAUGGCUGAUCACUUCCAGUUUGACGGACAGCUUGCUUUUGAUGCUUCUAUAAAGUAUUAUGAGAUGUGUGUCCAUUGCUUAUUUUAAAAGUAUGCAUUUAAUAAUUUUCACAUCCAGUAUUAUCUGGAGUUUGCAUUUGAGUUUUGAAAAAGGCUAGAGAAAUGGGUGAUAUAGAAAUGGUGUUUAAAAAAUAUUUUUGAAAAAGCAUUACAUGCACAUGGUUAAAAGAUCAAACAGUGUGAAAGGAAUACAGUGAAAAGUGAGUUUCUCUCCACAGUUUCUGUCUCCAGAAAUCACCACCGCUACGGGUUUCUUGUGUGUCCUUCAAGUUGUUGCAAUUCUCUUUAAUGUCUGGCUGGAUUCUCGUAUCUGCUUUUGCACUCUGCGUAAUAUGGUGCUUUGGUUAAAGUACCAAUAAGAAGAUCUGGUCUCAGAUAUGUAGUUGAAAAAAGGGAAGAGCAUUCUAAGAGCCUUUUCGGAUAAUUGUGGAUAUUCUUUGAUAUUACACCAAAACUCAGCAGUAUUAAUUUUUUAAAGAUCCAGCAGGAUUGAGGCCCACCCUACAAGCGGCCAGGCAACAAUGCUAUAUUUCACAGGCACUGUGCCAGACACCGGGUUGUAAGCUGUAAGGUGUUGUACAAUGCGGAUAGACUACUUCCCUCUUUGACAGUAGAUCUUCAUGGAGGAACACGGAGUGACCCAAACCGAACACAUGGCUACCAUUGAAGCCCAUGCAGUGGCCCAACAAGUACAGCAGGUCCAUGUGGCCACCUACCCGGAACACAGUAUGCUGAGUGCUGAUGAAGACUCACCUUCUUCUCCAGAGGACACCUCUUACGAUGAUUCAGACAUACUCAACUCCACAGCAGCUGAUGAGGUAACAGCCCAUCUGGCUGCUGCAGGUCCUGUAGGAAUGGCUGCUGCUGCUGCUGUGGCAACAGGAAAGAAGCGGAAACGGCCUCAUGUGUUUGAGUCUAAUCCAUCUAUCCGGAAGAGACAGCAAACACGUUUGCUUCGGAAACUUCGAGCCACAUUAGAUGAAUAUACUACUCGAGUGGGACAGCAAGCUAUUGUCCUCUGUAUCUCACCCUCCAAACCCAACCCUGUUUUUAAAGUGUUUGGUGCAGCACCUUUGGAGAAUGUGGUGCGUAAGUACAAGAGCAUGAUCCUGGAGAACCUGGAGUCUGCCCUGGCAGAACACGCCCCUGUGCCACAGGAGGUUAACUCAGAGCUGCCGCCUCUUACCAUCGAUGGAAUUCCAGUCUCUGUAGACAAAAUGACCCAGGCCCAGCUUCGGGCAUUUAUUCCAGAGAUGCUCAAGUAUUCCACAGGUCGGGGAAAACCAGGCUGGGGAAAAGAAAGCUGCAAGCCCAUCUGGUGGCCUGAAGAUAUCCCAUGGGCAAAUGUCCGGAGUGAUGUCCGCACAGAAGAGCAAAAGCAGAGGGUUUCAUGGACCCAAGCACUACGGACCAUAGUUAAAAACUGUUAUAAACAGCAUGGGCGGGAGGACCUUUUGUAUGCUUUUGAAGAUCAGCAAACGCAAACACAGGCCACAACCACACACAGUAUAGCUCAUCUUGUACCAUCACAGACCGUAGUCCAGACCUUUAGUAACCCCGAUGGCACGGUCUCCCUUAUCCAGGUUGGUACAGGGGCAACAGUAGCCACAUUGGCUGAUGCUUCAGAAUUGCCAACCACAGUCACUGUUGCUCAAGUGAAUUACUCUGCUGUGGCUGAUGGAGAGGUGGAACAAAAUUGGGCCACGUUACAAGGAGGUGAGAUGACCAUCCAGACAACGCAAGCAUCAGAGGCCACCCAGGCAGUGGCAUCAUUGGCAGAGGCCGCAGUGGCAGCUUCUCAGGAAAUGCAACAGGGAGCUACAGUCACCAUGGCACUCAACAGUGAAGCUGCCGCCCAUGCUGUCGCCACACUGGCCGAAGCCACCUUGCAAGGCGGGGGACAAAUCGUCUUGUCUGGGGAAACCGCAGCAGCCGUCGGAGCACUUACUGGAGUCCAAGAUGCUAAUGAUGGCACACCAUCGCCUGUUUUCACCAGGAGGAUGGACCAGAGAAAGAGGAUUGAUUACAGCCAAAUCAACCAAACACCACUGCCACUGGCCACCCGUGAAACAGCUGGGUUAUCUAGGGUACCUCCUCAUGGGGACGGUAUUUCUCCAGAGGUGCCUUAUACACGGUACAUUCUGUUGGCCUGGCAAGACCCAGAUGCCUUUUCAACAAACAUGUAUUGAAAACUUUCUUUGGUGGGGGCUGAUGGAGACCUUUGCUUCCAUUACUGCUCAAGUCACCAACAGGAGCUUCUAACUCCAGCCGCCUACAUUGACCGGAUAGGUAAAAUCAGUGAGUGAAGUGGAAGUAAUCGAGGCAUGAGAGAAAAGGGGACGAUGGAGAUGAGCAGAGUGGAGAGCAUCUGUCUAAAGAGAACAGCCUCUCUUGAGUGCUAGCAGACCGUCACCCAAGCAUAAGGAAUGUGGGCCCUGGAGCCCCAUCUUCAAUAUUUUCCAGAGAAGCCAAGGAGUCCAGAUUUGUGUAUGAAUCUCUUGAUUCCAAAAAUAAAUAAAAAUUGACAUAUUUUGCAGGCAAAAUAAAACCCACCUGUAGAUGUGGCCCGUGGGUCAGUUUUGUUUAACUUCAUGAAUGCCUGCCACGUGCCAGGUGAAUAAAGCAUGGCGGUUGCCCAUGAGAAGCGAGAGGAGAGAUUCAUAUGAACAGAUCGCUACAGCCCAGGGUGUUGAGGUGCCAUCUGGACCAAGUGAUGUAGCAAAACGAGUUAUAUCAUCUCAUUUCAUCUCCUUAAGGGUCCUGUGUGUUAGGCAGUUUAUCAGCCAGGCUGCGGACAAGGAUCUGGUGUCCACAGAAACCAAGAGACUGGGCUAGGAAUGCUCGGCUUUAAGUCCUGCAUCUGAGAAGAUCUAUCUGUUGGCGAUGUUGGUAACUACUGGAAUUUUCCAAACUCAGUAAGUGAGCCGAGAAGCAGCAGCAGGGCAGAGGAGAGGAGGGACUGCUUGCCCUGUAAGAAGAGCUCAGGCUGCCAGUGCACCCUGGGCCUCAGACCCAAGCGAGGCUGACUUCCCACUGUUUCUCACCU